AUGUUCGAGCGAACAUUACAGGAUCUCAUCAGAGGUUUGAGGGCCCACAAAGCAUCUUCAAAAGCUCAAGAAGAUGCUUUCCUUUCCGAAGCGAUAGUUGAGAUACGUUCCGAAUUGAAGGGGAAAGAUAUGGCUUUGAAAGCUGAAGGUGUAUUGAAAAUAUGUUAUUUAAUGAUGCUUUAUCCAAUACCUGCACCUCCUGAAUUCGCGUUUCAUGUUGUGGAAGUUAUGAGCUCGCCUAGAUAUCAUCUGAAACAAAUUGGAUAUCUCGCUGCUCCAAUGGCUUUCUCGGGCGAUACUGAAGAAGUUGUAUUGACCGUCAAUGGUAUCAAAAAGGAUUUGAUGUCACCUUAUGUCCCAUUACCUCCAUUACCACUUACAGCACUCCCUCACCUCUUAUCACUUUCCCCAUCAUUAUCUACAACUCUUCAUCCUGACCUACUACAUCUUUUAACACAUUCAUCUGCUCGAAUACGUAAACGUGCUGUACUAUGUUUGCUUCCAUGCUGGGAAGCGUUUCCUGAGGGCUUGAGAGAAGGGUUCCCACGUUUGAGAGAAAGGCUACAAGAUUCAGAUCAAGGUGUUGUUGGUGCAACAGUUGGUGUUGUCAUGGAAUUAGCUAAAAGACAAGGCGGAAAAAACUAUUUGCCUUUAGCUCCGGAAUUAUUCUCAAUCUUAACGGGUAGUAGCAAUAACUGGAUGUUGAUCAAAGUUGUCAAACUGUUCGCUAUAUUGACACCGCUAGAACCUAGAUUAGUUAGGAAACUCUUGCCUCCAAUUACAUCUUUGAUAUCAUCGACAUCAGCAAUAUCAUUACUAUAUGAAUGCGUGAGAACAUGUAUAGUAGGAGGAAUGCUGGACCCCGACAGAGCAGAAGGAGAGGCUUUAGCUAGAGUCUGUGUGGAGAAACUUGGUGGUUACCUGAGGGACGAAGGGGGUGAUCAGAAUUUACGCUACAUCGCUUUAUUAGCAAUGGUCAAGAUUAUUCCUACUCAUCCUGCGAUGGUAGCUGAAUAUCAAGAUGAAAUAAUGCAAAGUUUAGAUGAUCCUGAUGUAUCAAUCCGUAUGAGAGCAUUAGAGUUGGUCACCUCAAUGGUCGACCGAGACAAUCUACAAACCAUAGCAGAUCAAUUACUCUCACAUUUGGCCCCGUCGGAAACCAAUACAUCUACUCUACCUUCCGCAGUAGCAUCUCUGACCGCUAUUGCAAAUCAACUAUCAUCUACAGCUUCCAAAGAUCCAGCAAUAACAUCAACUUCCGUAUCGCUUUCUCCUGCGUAUAGACUUCUUCUCACACAGAGACUACUUUCAAUCAUCUCAACAGAUACCUACAUCAACGUCACAGAUUUUGAGUGGGUGAUAUCGGUACUUGUAGAUCUGGCUUAUGUAAGUCAUGUAAAUGUUGGGACAGAAAUCAAGAGACUUGUAUCAGAUGUUGUGGGGAGAGUGAAAAGUGCUCGAGAAUACGCUGUGGGCGUACUAGAGAAGGUGAUUGGUGAUGAGGAUUUCAGGGAAAGGGGAAGAAGUGGAACGGGAGAAGAUGGAUUGUUGGAAGCUGCAGUGUGGGUAUGUGGAGAAUAUUCCAGCUAUCUAUCUUCUCCUCUAAGUGCAAUAUCGUCUAUACUUUCGCCGACUCUUCACCUCUCCUCGUCAACCCUUAUCUCCCUUUCACUCCACGCAACAGCUAAGAUUUUUGGUCAUUAUGCAGCAACAGUAUCGUCGUCGUGGUCCUCAGAAAAACAUGAUGAAGCAAAAGCUUUGGUCGCUUCUAUCAAAUCUGGCUUAGAACCAUUCUUGACAAUGGGAGAGAUGGAGAUUCAAGAAAGAGCUUUCGAGCUCACACAACUGUUGAAUUUCGUUCAAGCAGAUCUGACAAACCAUAUUCCACCUGCCAAGAAACCUACUUCCACUUCUGUCAACGAUAUGCCAGACAUGGAAGAUGGUUUUGCAGAUUCCAACGGGUCCAAUGGAGAUGCCUCGACUCCACCAUAUCCAAAAUCCCUAUUUUUGUUAGAACCUUUAUUCACUGCACACGAAUUGAAUGCUGUAGCUUAUAAAGCACAGGAAGCUGUACGUAUACCUGAAGGGCUUAAUUUAGAUAUUGAAAUUGUACCAGGAGGUGGAUUUGGUGAACUCGAUCUACAAGACGCAGAGGAGGAGAACAGUGAAGAUGAGAAAGUUAUAGAUCUAGGCGAAGGGGGAAGUGAAGGUAUGGAAGAGCUGCGGAGAGUGCUAAGAGAGCAAGAGAAGAAGGGGAAAAAGAGGGAUGGUGAAAGUAAGGAGGAAAGAGCAAGGCGACGCGCGGCAAGAAAGGCAAAACAGAAAGAUGAUCCAUACUACCUAUACGAUAAAAAUGAUGAUCUACAAGAAGAGGAAGAUAUAGAUGAGAUUCCAAUUGUCAAACUCGAUGAUUCAGACUUGCCAGAAGAACCAAUAGAGACCAAAUCGACCUCAAGAUCGAGUUCGAAGAUAAAAGGUAAAACGAAGUCGAAGAAAAAUCCAGCUCCACCACCUGAAUUCGAUAGGACUGGUGAAUUACCUGAAGGAACUAUUUUACCACCUCCAGAUACGUUGAAAUCGAACCAAUUGGAAAGAACGGCUUCUUCUGGAUUAGCAGCUGUUGAUUUGAGUUCUUCAUUUUCUUCAAUAAGAGGUUCAGGUAGAUUUGAAGAAUACAACGUCGGUGAUGAUGAGGAGAAAGAGGCAAAAAUCGAUGAUAGAGAUAUUCCAAUCACAGCAACUAGUGAGAUAGAAGUUGUCAAAGUGAAAAGAAAGAAGAAGGGUGACAAGAAGAAGAAAGACAAGGCUAUAGAGUGA